AUGGAGAUGUUUCUCCAGGCUUCCGAUACAGCAAGUGAAAGACACGAGUCUCGCCAGGAACUCUUUCGAGAGCGUGCCAUCCAUAAAAAGCAUGACCGUCCUGCUAAGGUCAAAGCCCUUUACCUUUACCAGAGGCGUGUGAAACUCUGGAUCGGGUUUCUUGUUGACACCGGAAGGGUCCCAGAUAGCUAUGAGAUCAAAAAAGGGUCUCCUACUCCCGAUGUCAACUUGAUCAAAGCUUUCAUCCGCUGUGGAUUAAAAAUGAUCUGA